CUCCCGCUCCGCGCGCCCUCAGCGCCCUCAGCGCCCCCCGCCCCUCCCCCCCCCCCCAUCAGGGGGGAGGUUUUGGGGGAAAUUUUGGGGUUUUUGGGGAGCCUGGAGGUGAGAGAAGGGCGAGGUGGGGUCCGGGAUGGGCCCGAGGCGGCGGAGAUGGCGGCGGAGGGCGGUGAAAGCGGCGCUGGUGGCGCUGGGCUCCCCCUCACACCUGGAGCGUCGCCUCGCCGUGCGCAACACCUGGGGCGGCAACACCUGGCCGGACACCGACACCCCCCCGAGCCGCACCGUGUUCGUUCUGGGUGUUUCCACCUCCCCACGAGAACAACGGGAGGUGUUGGAGGAAUGGCGACAACACCGCGACAUCCUCCAGGGUGAUUUCCUCGACACCUACGCCAACCUCACCUGGAAAACGCUGUUGUUGCUCCGCUGGAGCCGUUCCUGUUGCGAGGGAACCCCGUUCCUGCUCAAAGCCGACGACGACGUCUUCGUCAACGUUCCGGCCGUCGCGGCGUACCUGACGGAGCGAACGGCGCCACCCUCCCGCCUGUACCUGGGUCGCGUCCACUGGCGGGUGACGCCCAACCGAGACCCCCGCAGCCGUCACCACGUCCCGGCGCGGUUGUACCCCGGCGGGUCGUUCCCGCCGUACUGCAGCGGCACGGCGUACGUGCUGUCGCGUCGGGCGGCGCUGGCGGUGUUGGCGGAGGCGCCGGGGGUAGCGCCGGAGCUGCCGGAGGACGCGUGGGUCGGGGUGUGCGCCGGGAGGGCGGGGGUGGCGGUGAGACACUCGGCGAGGUUCGGGGGUUCGUGGCGGUUUCCCGCCGACGGGUGUUGCGUGGGGCGGGUGUUGUUCAGCGCGCACGGGGUGCGGCCGGGGGAGAUGAGGAAGGUGUGGGCGGAGAGGCCGGGGGGUUGUGGGGUGUUGCGGGGGGCUCUGGGGGUGACGGGGUGUCGGCUGAUGGCGCUGGGGGCGUGGCUGUGGGGAGAGGGGCGGGGCCAUGGGGAGUGA